AUGGAAAAUAAUAUACCUUUCUCAAGAAGACCCCUUUUCAGAUUCCUUACUCAGCCCGAAGUAGUGUCCACGAUCAGCUCUAUAACCGUCAAUGACGUGUCCACCUACUAUCAGAAAGAACGGCCAAGCGACAAUCUUUCAACAAUAUACGACGCGAUAAGCAAAGAUUUAGAAGUAAUUAUUGAUUCAAAUUUCUUUAAUACGGAUAUAACGCGAGUUUUGAGAAAUAUUAGGGACACUUGGGAUGUGGCAACUUGGGGACUGCGGGUCACAAGUUUAGGGGCUGUGGGCCACUCGGACCUAAACCACUCCACUCUUCUUGGUCAACGAACAAGAGACCCACCGCAAAAUUCGAUUUGUGCGAUAAAUGAAAAAGCCCCAAUCUCCAAGCGACCUCAUGAAAAUGAAGAAACAAUUAUUUCUAAGAAGUCGGUUAUCGAAGGUACCUCUUCAGAAGAUUUGUUAAACUCAGUGACCCAAGCUUCCAAUGCCUUCAGACAAAUCAAGUUUCCAACAUAUUAUAAUAAACUCAAAACUAUAUGGCAUACUCGUGAUUUCGGAGCGAGUUAUUAUGUGAUAGAUUUAGGAAAUAAAGAGGUAUUAAAUCAAGUACAUAAUCUUUUGGACAAAGAAGAAUUAGAAUUUCUGUUCGAGAGAUUGUCUUUAGAGGAUGAAAAUAUCCAUAUGAGUAAGAUUGCACGUGAAUAUAUGAUGUUGUUCGAUCAAAUUUUAGAAGAUUCUUCGGAGGAGGAAGAAGAGGGUGAUGCAGGAGGUGAUGUUGAAAAUGGUUUCAAAAUUGAAGACGAAGCUGUUUCUGAAAUGGAAAAAAAUAGCACAUAA